GUAAAAAUAUUUGAGCCACUUAAACUAGAAAUGGUGAAUAAUAUUAUAAAAGGGAUUGGACAUUUGCCGCAAGCCGUGCUUUUGAUAUCGAAUUUAAAAGAAAAUUCUGUCAUCAGGCAUUAUCCUUUUCUUCAACCAGGUGGUUGUUGGAAACCAACUGAUUGCAUUGCAAGAUAUAAAGUGGCUUUAAUAAUUCCUUUCCGUGAUCGACAAACGCAUUUAACACGCUUAAUUGAUUAUUUAAUUCCAAUUCUUAAGAGGCAAUUAUUAGAUUUUCGUUUUAUUGUCACUGAACAGUACGGUAAUGGUUUAUUCAAUAAAGGACGCAUUAUGAAUGCUGCUUUUCGUUUUGCCGAAACACUCGGAGUUGACUGUGUUAUUUUUCAUGAUGUCGAUAUGUUUCCACAAGAUGAUAGGAAUUCAUACGGUUGUCCAAUUUCCCCAAGGCAUAUUGGUGCUUUUGUAAGCAAUCUUGGAUAUCAAUUGUGGUACAAAGAAAUAGUUGGUGGUGUGCUUGCAAUUAGUAUGGAUGAUUAUCGUGCAGUUAAUGGAUAUUCUAAUAUGUAUUGGGCAUGGGGUGGUGAAGACGAUGAUAUGGGAACGCGAAUUUUGUCUCAGAAUCUGACAAUAGAACGACCAGAUCCUAAAAUUGGCCGUUUUUCCAUGCUUAAGCAUGUGAAAAGGAAGCGCACUGCACCUAAAUUAAUCUAUAAAUUACUUGAUUCUGCUGCAACUCGUUGGACAGUAGAUGGAUUGAAUGAAACGUCUUGGAAAAUUCGUAAGAUAAUAACGCGACCGUUAUAUUAUCAUAUUUAUAUUGACGUUGGUGAAGCACCACUUGAAUGGAAGGCCGAAUCAUAA